AUGGUAAAAUGCAUAUGCCGGGGCUAUCUAGGGCCUUUGGCCCAAAUGGUCACUCCACCGUUAUUUAAACACAUGGGCGGCGCAUUCGCAUAUCAGAUACUACCUAUCGCAAGUCUGCGUUCUUUAUUCACAAAAAGCCUUCUAUUAGUAAGUAAACAGAAUUGUUCGAAAGUUGUGCACUUUGAUGAUUUUGAACGAUUGAUGCCAUGUCACAGUAAACACGGACCUUCGAAAAAUGUUCAAAAGCAUUUAUACGAGCUCCGACAAUUGAGGACUGUAUUUAGUGAGACAUUUGGAAUAACAGAGUACGCCUCUUUUUUUGAGUCUCUACGAGAUGCUUUGCGUCUCAAGGAUCCUUCGAAAACUGAAAAGAAGAAGCUUCUAUAUGAUAUAAUUUCGCAGCAACAUGAGUUACACCCAGAGGUCGCAAAGAAUAUUGGAUUCUGUAUACCAAAUGAGGUACACAAAUGGUUCUGGUAUAAUAUUUCGAAAUCAGAAUCCUUUAAUCAUUAUUUCUUUCUCCUGAAAAAUGACGUUCUUCUUUCCACUUCUAUGUAUUGUAUGAAUUUUACCAAUAGAUUGAUGAAAGGUACCGAGAUGGAGAGACAAUUGGUCACAUUACAGGUUUUUUUGCAUGACGAGAAAAACAUUAAGCUAAUAAUGGAGAAAGUGGUGAAAUUGCAUACAUUUGACAGUUUAGUUGCCUUGGUGAAUGGGCUCGUUAAGGCAAAGAACUUCAAAUUCUUUAAAUCAUACAUUCAAGCUUUACUGCUAAAAUUGGAACAGGACUGUUACUCUGGUGAAGAUGCAACUAAACAGAAGAGCUUGCGUUACGUCAGAUUCAAUAAUACCCUACUUUAUUACCUUUUGAAGAGUGGGAAUGUUGAGCUAUUCAUGAAAACAUUUCAAGAAGAAUUAAAAUUCAUUACAAGUUCAGGAUUACUAAAUCACAUUGAUGGAAAUGAACACAUAUUGAAUUUCCCUAUACACCAUUAUCUAAACCUGUUGCGAGUAUCGAAUAGACAAGAAGAACUUUUCAAUGUGAUUUCCUGCCUACAGAGUAGUACAUUGAUGAGAUAUAAACUUUUCAAGGAAUUCUUAGUGGGCGAACUAGUUGCAUCCUUCCAAGCUUUUCGCGAUCCUAAGUUAGUCUGCAAAUACCUCCUUUCAUCGUACAGCUCGAAGCCCUCUGCUGACAUUCUGAAUGCAUUGGGAAUUUGGGGAUGGGUUUACCAUUCAAAAUCAACGAUUCUAACAGCAUCUGAACUAAUAAAAGAGCUGAAAAUCCAUAGUGGCAUUUUGCCAAAAACAAUGAGAAUAGGGUCUCCCGUAACUGUUCCAAUUUUAACUGAACUUUAUAGAAGCUUAUUGUCUUCUAAUUUUGUCUCACUGGAAAGAGACCAAUUCAAGGAUUGUCUUCUUGAUUUAUAUUACAAAUACAAAACUUUUCUUUCCAAAGAAGCUAACAAGUAUAGAUACUGGAGAAAUGAUACCGGAAUCUUGAAUGUUUUCCUGAACUAUAUUAGAUUUCAUGCACAUGAACCAAGACUCGCCUAUGAUAUUCUCCUGGAUUUUUACUCUCAACCGUUUGCAAAAAAUGUAAGGUUAACAACAGUGAUAUGUCCCUUUUCCAUAGUAGCCUACAAGAACCAUGAGUUGGGGCAAGCUGAAUUAUCAGAACUGCUACAGCUCAUGCAUAAAAAUGGAGUACCUUUAACAUUCAAGUUCUGUUCUGCCAUGGUCAUGCAUUAUAUUAAAAUCAGGGACGAAAAAGAAGCACGCUCCUGGUAUAAUAAAAUCCUGUAUGGAGGUUUCGGGAUAAGGCAUAUGGCUUUGAUUCAGAUAAUUAAGGACCAAGGCUGGCCAUUUCCAAAAAAUUUUGACGAAACCUUAUUAGCACAAUUGAUUGAAGAUAACAGCAUUGAGGAACCUACAGAUGACACUAUAUUUACCGAUGAAAACAUGUUUGAAGAAAGUAGCGGACCAGGUUUCAAUGAUGAUGUUGGUAAAUGUACAAAUAUCAUAAAAGAGACAUUGAAAUGCCUUAAUUAA